GAUGCUGAUCGAUCCCGGUUUGCGGCGCGGAGGAGGAUCCAGGAUCCGGGGAUGAGGCUCGUGGUGACGGGGGGCAACGUCAGCGUUAUUGGCAGAGCCAUACACGCACUCUCUCGCAUCGGGGAAGACUGUUACCUUGAGGCACUUGAUGAAGGCCUCGCUGUCCGGACGGUGAACUCCUCCCGGUCGGCUUUUGCCAGUUUCCUUUUCGCUCCUGCCUUCUUCCAGAAAUAUGAUCCUGGAAAUCCGACAUCUGAGGCUGAUGGCUCUCCAUCCCAAACGGAGAAUUUCCGCUGUAAAAUCGUGAUGAAGUCAGUGCUCGCUGUCUUCAAGUCCCCAGCGACGCUCGAGAAGACAGUGGAGAAAUGCAAGAUGGCGCUGGGCCGUGGGAUGGACCAGCUCAUCAUCCAACUGCUCUGCAAGUACGGUAUCACGAAAACGCACAACCUCGCCAUACAGGACUCUGAGACGCUACAAGCUGUCUAUGACAAGGAACUCUGCCCGAACACUCUGCGUGUGCAGCCCAAGUUACUGACAGACACAGUCGUACACUUCCCCGCCAACCUAGAGGAGGUGACGCUCGAGGUUAAAGGUGGGCGGGUCUACUUCCGGAACUACAUCGAGCCCGAGACAGAUCCCAGGAAGACGAUGCACACAGAGAUGGUGCUGACCUCAAUGGAGUUUGAUGAGUUUUCGGUGACGGAUGAGACUGAGAUCACCUUCUGCUUGAAGGAGCUGAGAGGGUUGUUGGGGUUUGCGGAGGUUUCUGGCCUUCCUGUCACCGUCCACUUCCAGGGCCCAGGCAGCCCUGCCAUCUUCAGCUUGCAGGAGGCGGUGCUCCAGGGGAACUUCGUUCUGGCCACACUCGCGGGCGUGGAAUCGCAGAGCACGGGCCGGGCAGGAGGAGAUGGCAGCUCUGGGGCAGGUGCCCAUCGUGUUGCUGAUGAUUUCAUGAAUGAGGAGAUGGACUCCUAUAUGAUCGCCAUGGAGACCAGCGCCCUGGAGCAGACGGUGUCAGGGAGCGCUGCUGCAUCAGACCAGAGUGCCCCACCUCGGAGUCCCACCUUCCCCCUGGCACAGAGCAACAAGAGAGUCCACACGCAACAUCGAGGGGCUCUGUCCCCUCCUCACGAGGAGGAUGAGCCGGACGACACAGAAAUACCAGCAACACCCCCUCACAAGAAGCAGUUCCGCUCCCUGUUUUUCGGCUCCCUGCUGUCGCCCGGGAGAAGCCUGAGGCCUACCCUGGGCCAUGAGGUCUUGGCUGAAGCCAGCGAGAGCGACAGUGAGACGUGACCUCGGGGGAAGGCAGCAGCGAGGGUCAGGCGACGUGUCCCACGCGAUGUGUGAGAAGCCACUGCCUCCUGUUGCCAGGGCUUCAUUCUGCACCUCCCCUUUGUGGGCACAUUGGAAAGAUGGGUCCCUGCACGCCCAAUGGGAAAAUAUUGCCGCCCGAAGGGGGAUAGGAUGUGAUGGCUUCUCGCUUCCUCGUUUCCGUCCAGUUCCGACUGCAAUCAACUUGGUCUCCAACCUCCAGGACGUACCCAUGGUGUAGAUAUUCCCGUUUUACCAGGGGGACAGAAACGUCCAGCAGGAAAUUCACUCGGGACACUUCCCGUUUCCGAGUCGUGGGUCUGGAGAACGGUCCGCAAGAGGAUUGUUCGGCGUCUCUCUCCAAAGUCUGCGUCCUCCGGUCAUUAAAGGCAAUGAGCCCCUUAUCUCCUUGAAAGCUUUGCUCAGCUGCUUUCCAGAGCCCUUUGAUUUCUGCUCCGCGCAGUCAGCUGUUGCUUCCAAGGAUUUUUUUCACUCCAGCCAACGUUGGACGACACCCAAAGUGCCUUGGAAUGUAAAUGUUUGUCUCCCCUUACCUGGUUACGCAGUGACAGACUGCUUUGUUUCUGUUUCUGUUUUUUGGAGUGUUGACCGAAAAUGAGAGAUUAAAAAAAUGGGUCACUGCUUUAAAAAUUGGAGGGAAGUCUGCAGUUUGCGAAAAUA